AUGUCUCACCAAACGGGCAUUCAAGCGGGGAACGAUGUAAAGGACGUGUUUGCCAAUGCCAGAAGUGGAGACGACUAUCGGCUCGUUAAGAUCGUAAUCGAGGAUGAGCAGUUGACUUUCGGCACGUCUCGGAAAGCCUCCAAGUCUUGGGACUCGGAGUACGACCCGCUAGUGCUCCCCCUGCUGGAGGAUGACGUUCCCUGUUACAUCCUGUAUCGUCUGGACUCUCAAAACAACCAGGGAUACGAGUGGAUCUUUCUGGCCUGGUCUCCGGAUCGAGCCUCGGUGCGACACAAAAUGUUAUACGCUGCGACUCGAGCGACAGUGAAGAAGGAGUUCGGAGGCGGCCACAUCAAGGAGGAGAUCUUUGGAACAGCAAAGGAGGACUUGAGUCUGUGUGGAUACAGGAAGUACCUGACGUCGCAGGCGGCGCCGCUGCCUCUGACGGCUGCAGAAGAAGAACUGCGACAGAUCAAGUUAAACUCGGUUCAAACAGACAUCAGCGUGGACACUAAGCAGCAGACUCUCCAGGGAGUGGCCUUCCCCGUGCACCAGGACGGAAUGGCGGCUCUCGAGAAAUUCAGAGACAAGAAGAUCAACUACAUCCAACUGAAAAUCGACUUUGAGGAGGAGCUGAUCAGACUGUGCAGCACGGAGCCCACAGAGAUCCGAGACCUGCCGUCCAGAGUUCCCAAAGACACUGCACGAUACCACUUCUUCCUCUACAAACACUCGCACGAAGGGGACUACCUGGAGUCCACAGUGUUCUUGUAUUCGAUGCCUGGAUACAAGUGCAGCAUCAAGGAGAGGAUGCUCUACUCCAGCUGCAAAAACCCUCUGGUCGACAUGGUGGAGAACAACCUCAAAAUGGAAAUAGAGAAAAAGCUGGAGAUUGAGAGCGGCGAAGAGCUCACGGCCGACUUCCUGUACGAGGAGGUGCACCCAAAGCAACACGCGCACAAACAGGCCUUUGCCAAACCCAAGGGCCCCGCGGGCAAGAGGGGCAUCCGCCGCAUCACCAGGCCCCCCGGAGACGGAGAGGAGGACGACUGA